CCAUUGAUAUGGACGGAUUUGAUGAAUGAAUCAUGCUUUGCAGGAAAUUGAGUUAUGGAUGAAAAACUAAAAGAUUAUCAACGCUAGAUAUCAUCAAAAUUGCGAGAGCACAUGUCAUCAGAUUUUAUUUCCAGGACAUUGUUGAUAUCUCUAUGCUUAAUAGUUUCUUCAGUGGUGAUUGCUUUGAUCUCUCAGAUAAGGAGAUCAAAGACGUGGAGCUUGUAGUUCUUCUGCUGGCCUCUGCCGAGAAGUUCAGACUUCAGAGCAUGGUACACUAUUACACUAAAGCUCUUCAUCAGAAGAUUGAUCGAGAAACCGGAGCUAACACAUCAAAGAUAAGGAAAAGCGAAAAAACAGAGCUGUUACCAUCAAAUGAGAAUCCAUUUUGUUUGAAACCCACUUCAACAAAAUGUUACGAAAUGCUCCCAAUUGCUCAAGUUAGUGUGUUUGCAGGAAUUCAAGCAAUUGUAGAACAUGUGGCCUCUGCAAGAAAGGUUCAUUGCAUUGACCUUGCAAUUAGAAAGGAGGGCCAAUGAACAGCCUUAAUGCAAGCUCUUUCCAUUCGGAAAGUUCCAUUGGAGCUUCUUAAAGUGACUGCCGUAGGGACAAUAGAGGAAAAGAAAAUUG